AUGGCGGUGGCGAGCUUGUGGUUGGUAUUCCUCUUCGCCUGCUUGCUGCUGCUGAUAUUUCUGAAGCGCAGCUGGUGCUUUUUCAGGCCGCGGAGCGGUGGAUGGAGUACCUUGCAGCUCGAGUAUGCUCUGGCUCUGCGCUCUGCCGUGGUCUACGUGGCCAUCGGCGCCGUGCCACUGCUUUUCCCUUGCUCCGAGCGGUCUGCCAGCGCUUCUCUGAAAGGUUGGGACAGAUGCCCGGCGAGCUCGUACAGCUUGGUGCCCACCAACAUCAUGCGGAUUUAUCAUUUCCUGCCUUUCUGGUAUGCUUUCCUGGUAACUCCGCAUCUUGGUUGCUUGAUCAGCGGCAUCCACGAUGCUCUGCUGGGUGCUUCCACCGGGCUUUGCAUGGCGAGUCUGCUAAAUCUGAUGAUGCCCGGAGGGGCCGGUGGCACGAACUACUUAUCAGAGGAUUUCUGGCAGAAAGCUUGGCUGCCUUUUGGGUACCAUAGCUUCCCCGCGAUCCUCUUUGCAGUCUGCUCAACAUACCUCUUGUUCUUCAGCUCGACAUCCGUUGGCCAGAAGCAAUAUGCUUUAGGAGUCUUCUCAGAGCUCCUGGUCCCCUUCAUGAACCCUCAGACAACAUCCGGGUUCCGAGCUGUGAUCUGGGAUUGGGAGUUUCACUGGAACUGGAAUGGGAUUGCCAUGUGUGGCUUCUGGCUUGUCGUACUUGCCAUACUGCUCGCCAUCCCCUCCCUGGGCCUCCUUCCCUGGAGCCGCGAGUCUGUGAAGAGACACAGCUGCAUGUGGUCUGCAGCAACCGAGCUGGCACAACUGGCAGAGGACACGGCCGGCUGCUUGGAGUAUUUGUUGACAAUCCUCCAGCAGGAAGCUUGGAAGUUUCCCUUCCACGCAGACAGUUCCAACUUCUACAUCCGACAGCUGGGCAUGCGCCGAACCACCGCAGAGGCGCUCUUGGACCAGGUCGCGUGGGAGUCGUGGGUUUCUGGCCACACACGGGAGCAACACAAGAACCUGCAAAACGUUGCUGCGUUUCUGCGGCAGCUACGGCAGCUCCUCCGCAUCCAGAGUGGCUUGAUGCGCUACCUCGGACAGUCCACUGGCAGGGGCGAGCAGUUCCUGCUCGAGGACUUCGUGCUUGCCUGCAGCGAGGGCCUCGCCGCGGUGGCUCGGGAUUGCCGGGACAAGGCAGACAUCAGCACGGAGACGCGUCUGGAGCUGCAGCGCCUCGCGAAGAAAGCAGACGAAGUGCUCUGCAAGGCUCUGGAGAAGCAGGCCAAACCCGAGAAUGCCUUCUCCUCUGAGAUGGCCUUCCUGGACCAGCUCCGCUCCUGGCCCGCUGCCUUCAGCGCUUUCGAUGCGCGCCAGAACGAUGCUGCACCGAGCGCAUCUGGGGGCAAGGACGCGAACAGUCGCCAUUGGUUUGCCCUUCGGAACACUGUGUCCUGGACGCUGGCACUUCUUUGGUCGGUAUAUUCUCGCGGCUACAGCAUGGGUUGUGUGGUUGCUACCUCCUUCAUUUUCUCAGAAACAUCUGGCUCAUCGUUCGACACGAACAUCAACCGCAUUCUGGGAGUGGGCAUGGGGCUGGCAGUGGGCAAUGUUCCCGCCAUACUUAUCCUCAGUGGGACGAGCGCAGAGAACACAUCCUCGAUGUUGCGCUUCUUCGCGUACUUCGUUGUCAUGUUCAUCAUGUGGACUCUAGCCAUGUUUGGGUACUUGGCCCCCGGCUCCAAGUACUACCGUGCCUGCCUUCUGUGGGUGGGCUAUGGCGGAGUGCAGAUGCUAAGACACCUCCCUCAGUUUGACCAGCCUGAUGCGGAGCUGUUCCUUGCCAUCCUGGAUAACAUUGUGGCCAUCAUGGUUGUCUUCAUCGUUGACAUGGUUUUUGCCUACGUCCAGGGCAACAGCACCGAGGAGCAGGUCAAGGCGGCCGUGACUCGCUGCGCCCAGCAUGUCGCCAACGCCGUCGAGACGUUGCAGGCUUUGCCACUUCAGCCCAGCAUGGUGAUCAAGGUUGACUGCGACAUGGCCGUUGAGGCCAUAGCCACCAAGCCUAUCGAAGGGCAGAAGCCCGGCACCUCGGGCCUUCGGAAGAAGACCAAGGUCUUCAUGGAGGGCACUUACCUGGCCAACUAUGUGCAGAGUGUUUUCAACACCCUGCUCGAGUCGGGUGUGCCUGUGUCUGGAGGCACUUUGGUUGUCUCUGGCGACGGCCGCUUCUGGAAUCCGGAAGCAAUCCAGAUCAUUAUCAAGAUGGCGUUCGCUGCAGGAGUGGGGCGGGUUUGGUGUGGCACGGGUGGCCUCCUGUCAACACCAGCCACCUCGGCAGUCAUCCGCUGCCGGGGGAAGGGCAUGGAGCCCUUCGGUGGAUUCAUUUGCUCAGCGUCGCACAACCCGGGCGGAAUCAACGACGAUUUUGGUAUCAAGUAUAACUGCGAGAAUGGUGGCCCCGCCCCUGAGAAGCUCACUGACAAGAUGGUCGAGUGGACGGCCAAGCUCAGCGAGUUGAAGACAUGCAGCAGAAUUCCAGACUUUGACCUGUCCAAGCCGCAGAUCUAUGAGCUUCCAGGUGGCAAAAGUGUGGAGAUCUUCGAUUGCGUCGAGGACCACAUGGCGGUGCUGAAGCAGUGCUUUGACUUCGAAUCCAUCAAGAAGCUGAUGGUGCACCCAGAGUUCAGCAUGACCUACGACUCCAUGUCUGGUGUGCAGGGGCCGUAUGCGCUGGGUAUCUUGGAAGGAGAGCUGGGCGCUCCAGCUGGAAGCUGCAAGAAUGCGAGUCCGAAGCCGGACUUCGGAGGUCCGGAGUCCGCUUGGCACGGCCACGCGGAUCCGAACCUGACCUACGCCGUCGAGCUUGUGGCCGACAUGGGCCUGAACAAGGAGGGCCAGAAGGUGGAAACCGGCAAAGCCAUCCCGAAGUUCGGUGCCGCGGCUGAUGGCGAUGCCGAUCGCAACAUGAUCCUCAGCUCCCAGUUCUUCGUGUCACCCUCGGACUCUUUGGCCAUGAUCGUGGCCAACUCCCACUUGAUCCCUCAGUUCAAGGAUGGACUGAGAGGCUGCGCAAGGUCCAUGCCCACCUCGGCAGCCCUGGACCUGGUCGCCGAGAAGAAGAGGAUCCCAUGCUUUGAGGUGCCCACAGGUUGGAAGUUCUUCGGAAACCUCAUGGACAGUGGCACGAGCUACUUCCCGGGCAAGGAGACUUACACCCCUUUCAUCUGCGGUGAGGAGUCCUUCGGAACUGGCGCCGACCAUGUUCGGGAAAAGGAUGGCAUGUGGGCUGUACUUGCGUGGCUGCAGAUCCUGGCGAAAAAGACGGAGGAGGCAGGGAAGCUCAUCACCGUAGAGGACGUGGCCAUGGCUCACUGGCAAGAGUACGGGCGCAACUACUACGCUCGCUACGAUUACGAAGGAGUCGACAAGCAGAAGGCAGAGGAGAUGUUUGCAGCCAUGGAGGCCAAGACGGGAGAGCUGGCUGGGCAAGAGCUCGGUGGGAUGAAGAUUAAGAUCAACGACAUGUUUGAAUACACGGACCCGGUCGAUGGAAGCGUCUCCAAGAGGCAGGGCCUCCGCUUUAUCUUCGAGGACAACUCACGAAUUGUGUUCCGAUUGUCCGGCACUGGAGUGGCUGGGGCAACUGUGCGGCUCUACCUCGAGAAGUACGAGCCGCCCAGUGGCAACCUGUCCCUGCACCAGUUUGAGGUGGUGAAACCACUGGCAGCCAUCGCCCUUGAGCUUUCACAGUUGCAGGCCUUCACAGGUCCUGCAGGUCGGCGACAGGGCUGGAAAGUUCUCUCCCGUGCAGUCGCUGCGUUAAUGCUUCUCCCCGCAAAUGCGGAACAAGAGGCAGGCAAGGUGUCAGAGUUGGACAUGGAUCCUCUCCAGAGGGACAUCAAGGUCGCUCGUUUCUGGGACUCCGAGAUCCAGAAAGAAGGUCUCGUAUGGACAAGGCUGUGGCAGCCCCCCUACAAGGCAGACUCAGUGCCAGCGCUGCUGGACUGCUUCGAUGAGGUGUAUGUUUGGGUGUCGGCGCUGCAGAACAGCGCCAAGCGUUGUGACAGCAUCGAGCAUGCUGCCAAAUUGGUGAAAGAUAUUCUGCCAUCUGGCGAUGUGGAUCGAUGCCAUACUUUCGUUCGAGCUAUCAAGCUGGUCGUACAGGGCCUGGACGAGUCGCUACAUGAACUCCACCACCUCCUGCAAGAGCCGAAUCAGAAGACCGGCUUGGCGUUCAUGUCCUCUCAGAAUCUUUGCAAUCUGCUCCAGGGGGAAACCACACCGGCUUCCACCAAGGCUUCCUUCUCACUCCUGGAUGGCAUCAAUCUCCUUGACCUGGAUGCUCAGAGUGCCAAGCGUGCCCCGGAAGUGGCCGCCGGCGAGGCGGUGAAGUGGAGCACCAAGGCGCUCCGCGUGUCUUUGCAGCGGAUCGGAGGGCUCAUUGCAGCGGGCUCCGCCUUUGCGGCCCGAGAUUGGCGGGUUCAGGCGCGGGCGUGUGAAGCUGUCACUGCUUCGGACGACCUGGACAUCCCACUCACCGUGCCGAGGCUGAGGCAGCGUCUCAAAAAGUCGCUGACCAGCAAGUUUUAA